AUGGUUCCAAAGGCCAGCACGGAACCAAAUGACACUGAUGGCACUGCCAGAGCCUCUAUAGAGGCACCCGCGAGCACCGAGCCUGUUGCUGCGGCAGGUCAUGCUGAUAGUGAACCAAAUGACGCUGAUGGCACUGCCAGAGGCUCUGUAGAGGCACCUGCGAGCACCGAGUUUGCUGCUGCGGCUGGUCAUGCCAAUAGUGUGCCCACGCGCUCAUUGCCACCCUUGUCCCCCUCGCAAAUUCAUCAGCAAGUACCUUCCCUCCCAGAAAAUUCCAUUCAGACCAAGCCAGCUACUCAUGUGGUGGCAAGCAACACUUUGCGCACAGACCCCAUCCACACAGAUCCUACAACUCACGCAGUAAGCCAGGACAACACCAUGCAUGCAGACCCCAUCUGUUCAGACCGUCCUCCAUCUCUGCAGCCUGACCUCAUGCCAACUUUGGCAGCUAAUCACGGGCGCAGUGAACCUGCUAUGGAAGUCCUGCAUGAUGCAGAGGCUUCACUCGCUACCCCCAGUCCGACUAUUACCAUGAUCCUCAUGCUAUGCACCGCACUCCACAACUUCCUCAUGGCCCUCAGUCUCAUCCUCAUCAGCAUCAGCCCACUCAUGGCCCGCCUCGUCAACCCUCUCAUGGCCCUCAACCUCAGUAUCACAACAGCGGGUAUCAUGAUGCUCCAUACCACAACUCUUGAGAUGGAUAUGAUGGAUAUGUCGAAAGUUAUUGGCACCCUCCAAGCAGCGCAUAUUUCAGUCCAGGAGGGAGAUAUCAGCAUGGAUAUAGGCGCGAGUAUCCCAACAAGUAUCCUGAGGACCUGGAGGAUGGAGGACGAGCUCCUUAGACUCGCAGACCUCAAUUUAUCUCAGCCGCAAUUGACUGAGUCCCUCCCCCGUGCAUAUAUUGAGUAA